CUUAUAUUAAGAUUUCUCUGGAGUGAAGUUUGCGUCAAGCAGACCCAGUUGGCUUCUAGUCUGCAAAGCUGUUAAGUUUAAUCUUGUUCCAGUUUAAUUUUAAUGUCAUGGAUUGAAAUUAUAUGCAUGGCCGUUUUUCUUUUUUGCGAAGAGUUGGAUUUGGAGCGAAAGCAAAAUGGCUCGAGGACGCAAGAGCAAUAGCAUCAAACAGAGCGACUUCACUAACAGCACCAAUCCUCAGGAUUUAGAGAGAAGACUUUUUGUCGGCAAUUUGCCCACAGACCACAUGAGUCGUGAAGAAAUGGAAGAGAUAUUUUCAAAAUAUGGCAAAAUCAGGGCCCUCAGCAUGUACCAUGGCUAUGGGUUCGUGCAGUAUGACCGUCUAGAAGAUGUCCAGGCCGCUCUGGACGGUGAGAAGGGUCGCCUUUAUAAAGGGUAUAGAUUAGAUAUUAAGAAAGCAGUGGAAAGAAGAAAUAUGAAUAAGGCUUCAUCAAGGUCCAGUCCGGCACGAAGAGAGCCAUAUGCCUACGGGGAUGGCCGAGAUGCUAGACGUGACCGCUCCCCUCUUCGGGGGAGCCCACGGAGAGACCCCAGAGAUGGCAGGGAUGGUAGAAACGGGCGAGAUUCCAGAGACACUCGAGACAUUCGAGCUAGAGACAUGCGCGACGCCAGAGACCACAGGGACCCACGGGACCUGCGAGACCCACGGGAUAUCAGGGAUCCAAGAGACUUGCGGGACCCUCGUGAUGUUAGAGAUCUUCGUGACCCACGGGAGCCACUGUAUGAUCGAUACAGGGAUCCACGGGAUAUGAGAAAUCCACGAGAUGUGAGGGAUCCACGGGAUAUGAGGGAUCCAUGGGAUAUGAGAGACCCUCGGGACCCUUUGUACAGACGAGAUGAAGCUUAUGACCGUUACCUUCGCCUUGAAGACUACUAUCGGCGGAAGGAUGACUCUUACUAUGACCGUUACAAAGAGCAUUUUGAUAGAGCACCAGUGAAUUCAGAAGACCGUCUGAAGCGUGAGGAGCGGCGCCGAGAGGAGCUGUACCGUCAGUACUAUGAGGAAAUCAAGAGACGUUUUGAUGCAGAGAGACCUGUGGAUUGUUCUGUGAUAGUGGUGAAUAAACAGACAAAGGAGUACGCGGAGUCAGUGGGGCGGAAGGUGCGGGAUCUGGGCAUGGUAGUGGACCUGAUCUUCCUCAACACAGAGAUGUCACUGACGCAAGCCCUGGACGAUGUGAGCAGAGGAGGGUCUCCUUUUGCCAUUGUCAUCACCCAGCAGCAUCAAGUUCACCGCUCUUGCACUGUUAACAUCAUGUUUGGCACCCCACAAGAACACCGCAACAUGCCCCAAGCUGAUGCCAUGGUGCUGGUGGCAAGGAAUUAUGAGCGCUACAAAACAGAGUCACGGGAGAAGGAGCGUGAGGAAAUCGCCCGGCAGGCUGCCAAGAUGGCAGAUGAAGCUGUUCUGCAGGAGCGGGAGCGCCCACCCCCCAUGGAGGAGGGUGUCAGAGGAGGUCACCCUCCAGGGAUUCAGACUCUCUUGAACCUGCUGGCUGACAAUCGCUAUCUAACUGCUGAGGAGACUGAUAAAGUAAUUAAUUACUUGAGAGACCGGAAGGAACGGUUACUGAGGGGAAGCACUGAUUCUCUGCAGGCAUCCAUGUCAAGACAGUCUUUGGGGGCACCUUCAGGAUCAUCUCUGGGUAGUCAGUCCAGCCUUCCAAGCUCUCAGGCUCAUCAGGGUUCGCAGCCUCUGGUCUCUGCUCCUUCUGUUCCAGUGUCCUCUUCUAAUCCUCAGCAGGAGCUUCAAGCAAAAAUCCUCAGUCUCUUCAACAGUGGGGCAGCAGCAGCAGCAGCUGCUGCAGCAAACAGCAGUUCUACAGCCUCUGCGGGCUCUUCAGGUGGCACUCCGAACCAGAACUUUGCUAACAUGGCCAGCGGUCAGGCCCGGUCAGCACAGAUGAGUGCUGGAAAUUUAAACCAGGCUCAGCAGAGAUUGCAGACUCCAAGCACGCAGCUUCCUGCUCUCCAAGGCACUUCAAGAAAUGCGGGUCCAAGACCUGGAGCUCCUCCACAAGCUCAGUCGCUCUAUGGUCAGCACCAAAAUCGCCUCCCUGCGCCUGGCAAUGUACCUGCUCAAAGGCCAGUAUCUUCUGGUAUCAACUUUGACAACCCUAGUGUACAGAAAGCCUUGGACACCCUUAUCCAGAGUGGUCCUGCACUCUCCCACCUAGUGAGCCAAACCGUGGCCCAGGGGCGAGCAGGGUCCUCAGCCCAGCAACCUAUGGGUUCCUACCAGCGACACUAUUAAAGCUGUCGGGCCCUUUCCCCUUCCCUUUGCCAUUCCAUACUUAUAGCUGUUUAAAGAGUCUCCUGUCCUCGGCAUGGGACAAAUGCCCCUGGAUAUGCAUGUCCUCUCCACUUUGGUGAGAGUGUACCCCCAGUGGCAUUGCUGCUGACUGUUGCUAGCGCUGCCCUUCCUCACCUCGGUCUGGUUAGCAGUGUUUGGGGAUGUAUGCUCUAUUUUCUCAGCGGCACAAUGUGCAAAGAGCUGCUUUGGAUAAUCGGUUGUUUUGUCCAGUCCCAGAAGCUGCUGGAAUGACAGUCCUCCUGCAUUUCCUCACUCCCAGUAGCUCGUGCAUCUUCACAUUGCGACGCAGUCUGGUCUCGCUGAACGGUCUUAGUAUAGUUUUGGGUCAGUGGUUUUGAGGAAAUAGGGGACUGAACAGAGCGGUACACUGACUGGGCCUUCUUGGAAACCCACCUUUUUGGAAUGGGCACUGUCUUUCUUUAGGUUUCUUUUUUUAUUUCUUUUUUUAAUGGCAUAUAAGCCAGUUGGAAAGUACAGUGGUAGCGCUAGCAGCUGAACUCAUGAAGCACAUGCCUGACCACUACUCAGUAACCCAGGACUGUGCUCUUUGGUCCUUCCAUAGCUGGACUGUCAUGUCCUGGCAGAGUGAGGCAGAGGAACACUCCUCACCUUGCCCAGCUCAUGGAAACUGACAGCUUUGGUCCGAGUACUGUGGCAGAUCUGAAACACAAGAGCUUCCAGCCAAGGCAGAGAUUUCAAAUGGUCUGUCAAUUUUCCUACACCAAGCAGUCAGUGUUAAGAUCAAUCUGUUAAAUUUGGCAUAUAAAUCUCCUUUUCUUAUUAUCUUGCUUUGGGACGUUGGUUCCUGUAGCCCAACAGCUCAGCCACAGCCACGCUGAUGUGCUGCUGGCCCUCCCUUGGGAAUACCCACAGCCAGUUACCAGGUGGUGAAUGUCUGCUCUUUGAAACUUCAUCUCACUGUUGAUUGGUGUUUUGUCCAUCUAAGGUGGAGAGGCAGUGCCAAGAUGCAAUACUAUAAUUUUGUACAUUUUUUCAACACUUUGGUAGCUGCAGCGGACAGUUGAGUGGAAAAUCAGGCAGUGAUUCUUCACCGUGUUUUUAACCAGUAACAUACUUUGAUACCAGAACACAAAACAUCUCUUAGCUAUGUGGACCUCCCCAUCACGGCCUUCUUAGAGUCUGCAGGCUUCCUGCAGAGAACCGAAAGAAACUAAGAAAGCAGUGUUCUUGGAGGAGAGGAUUUUCUUUGUCCCAGGUGGUUUGUGUUGUAUUUUUUUCCUCUCUGUGCUGUUAACAA